AUGGAGGGCGAUCUGCCGCAGCCGCCAUCCAAGGUGCUCGACGACGACGAAUUACUCGCCGCCGAGGCCCUCCUCCGCGUGGGCUUCCCCGCCAUGCCCGUCUGCGCCGACAUAAUGGAGGGCGAGACACCGCCGGCGACGGCGGCGGCGGUAUCCAAGGUGCUCGACGACGACAACCUCCUCGCCGAGAUCCUCAUCCGCGUCGGCCUCCCCACCACGCUCGUCCGCGCCGCCGCCGUCUGCAGGCGCUGGCUCCACCACGCAUCCGACCGCAAGUUCCUCCGCCGUUUCCGUGAGCUCCACCCUCCCCGCCUCCUCGGCCUCCACGUCAUUGAGCAGGGCAGGUUUGCGUGGCCGACCGCCGAGUGCUUUGUGCCGAUGCUGCCUCUGCCUCCGGAGCUCGGCGCGGUGGUCCGCCGCGUAAGCUCCAGCCUGGGUAGCUACCGGAGGGACGACGUAAGAUCGACCCGCGUCAUUGGCUGCCGGAACGGCAGUCUACUCAUCCAGCACCGCAUGAUCGAAGGCAGUUCUAGACUUGGCGUGCACAGGCUGCUAUUCCCUGAGAAAGGCAUGACCUUUGUUCCAGCACGCCCACGCCCCAAAAUCCACAGUUCCGUUCACGCAUACCAGGAAGAAAUCCUCACCAAAGAAGGAGAAGGCGGCUUGUCUUACUUGUACAUGUUGGUGCCGUAUACCAGGGAGAGGGAAGAUGAGGUACAAGUAUAUAUGUUGAAGGAUGGUGUCUGGUGCAUGCAUGGUAAUUUGACCGUAGAUGGCAAGCUCAAUCUUAGUCGGCCGGAUGAAGGACCCGUGCUUGUCGACAAUAAGAUCUAUAUUGCAGUUGACCGGAGCGAAAUUACUGUCUUGGAUUUGACGUCCUUGAGUUUCUCCGAAAUUCAGCUCCCACAAGGGGUGGAUCGUGGCGGCAUUGGCGAGCGAAGUACCAGCUUGGCGCGUGCUGAUGCCGCUGGUGUAUACCUUAUCCAUGUCAAGGAGCUUCAAAUUCGCCUAUGGCUCCACAAGGAAGGCGACUGGUUGCUAGUGGACACCAUUUGUCACCGGUAG